AUUAGCAUUAGGUCCUGUCUAGUGUGAUUGCAAAACAACCCAGUUAGCUGUGAGAAUAAAAAAGGAUAAAAGCUCCUGCCAAGUUCUGUAAAGAAAGACCUGCCCGGUGAGAUCCCUGUUUCUGUGACUCCCUUUUUCCCCGCUCCCCUGAUUCCUUUCUUUUCCUCUCCUCCCAGCCCCCCUCUUAUACUGCGAAUAGAGAAGGAACUGGGACGCAUCUGGACAGCUGGAAAUGAAUCUGGAGAGACACAAGUCAACCAUACUAAGAUUUAUGAGGGGUGUGCCUGCCUGGCUGGCACAGCAGCAAAGUUAAUCUCUAAGUGUGCACAGAGGGACACAUCUCCUUAACAACAUGCAGCAUUGACAAAAUAGUUUCACUCUCCUGGUUUUCACAGCUGUUGUGGACUCCACCUGGACCCACCUCUGUUUGUAGAUGCUCUGACAUCUCUGAAUACCGACAAGGAGGAACACACAGACAGGCAGGCCGGCCAGCAAAAUGGAGGAAUUCUCUACCAGCAACACAGAUGGGACAGAGACAUGUGCCAAGGAGAUAGAUCAUGGUACUGUGAGGCCCAGGGGCUCACAUGGGGACCAGCAGAGAGUUAAAGUUCAACUGCAGUCUGAUAACACAGAUGCACCGCCACCACCACCGGAUAAACACUCCAGCAAUGGCUGCCGUGCAAUGGAGUCUCUGGAUGCUGGAUCGAGGCAGAGAGAGUGUGUGACUGUGCCUGCCAGUAAACCUUCGGGUUGCUGCUAUAACGCAAGCUGCAGGAAGGGCCUUGGGCCUUGUGUACUGUGCUGCAGUCAGAUCACAGACGUUUGCAAGGACCCUGACAGUAACACUACAGUCCAGAGAGCAGGGAUUUCACCUCAGACGUACACAGCUGAUAAAACAGGAUAUGUUACACAGAGCAUUGUAGGUACUGUAGUGCAUCACGACACGGGCAGCUUCGCCUUCUGUCUGGUGGAGGAGGUGACAUCAUCAACAGUCACCGACACCAGCUCUGCCCAUAGACUCAGAGAUGGCCGCAUCAGCCCAGGGGGAAAAGCCGAAACUAAAACGUGCUCUACAUUGGCACUCCUUCCCGCCAGCCCUCCCAAAAGCCCCACGGCUUUAAAGAUGGCCUCAGACAAUGGGUUAGUAUUUGACUGCGAGACUGAGGAUAACUUUUCAUAUAAUACGCAAGAGUGUUCGACGGUCCUGGUCCGUAGAUUUUUGAGGGAAAACCAGAGGGUGAAGACGUCAAUGUGUACAGGAACCAGGACUAUCAUCAGGACGUUACCCACAGGGAGGAUCGGUGAGGAGGCGUGGAACACUGUCUGCAGAAGGGAGCCCCUCCAGGUGUGGGAUGAGGAUGACCACCAAACUUCUGGUGGAUACAGCCGAUUGAGUGGAUACAGUGGGCACAGUUCAACCUCUCAGAGUCUACAUCUGCAAGUGUGUAAACUUCUCCUUGGAAAAACAGGGGACUUGUUUUUUGAGGCAUGCCAUGCCCUGAGUUCUGAAGUAAGGGUGGCCAGUUCAGGAGCUCUACUCCUGUCUUCCAGGAAGCUGCUGUCGUCUGCCGAGAGGAGGGAUCUAUGUCGCAGGAGGGCCACAUUGCCAUGGCCGGAAGGAGGAGGGGCGUGUAGCUACCGAGCAACCCUACAGAGGACUGACAUUUCUGCCUACAUCUCAGGGACCCUCCUGGAAGUGGUUCUGUCCAUGGGCAACACGGGCAUCAAUGACUUCUCUCCUCCCUGUAUCACCACAAGUCCCUUGGGCUGGGCUGUCCUAAAAGAGCGUCAGCUGCACUCCCCCAUGGUGGGAUCCAGCGUGGUGCCGGCGGCUCCACUGACAGAGGUCAACAAGGAGCUGUCUGACCUCCAACCCCUGGUCAGUUUCCCGGAGGAGAUGGCCUACAUCCUCAUGGAUCAGGAGCUGCAGCUCUACAGCCGGAUCUUACCCCUGGACUACAUCUGCUUCCUCACCCAUGACCUGGGGGGCCCUGGUCAGCCACAUCCUCAGGGGCAGACACACCAACCUGGACAACCCCAUCUUAUGGCUGGCUGCAGUCGGCCCCACAACGCAGUAGAGGACCUGGUCACAAGAUUCAACGAGGUGAGCUCCUGGGUGACCUGGAUGAUUCUGACAGCAGGUUCUAUGGAGGAGAAGAGAGAGGUGUUCUCAUGUCUGGUCCACGUGGCCAGGUGCUGUUGGAACAUGGGAAACUACAACACUGUCAUGGAGUUCCUGGCUGGACUCAGGUCUCGCAAGGUGCUAAAGAUGUGGCAGUUCAUGGAGCAGUCGAACAUCGAGACCAUGCGUGCCCUGAAGGAUGCCAUGGCGCACCACGAGACGUCUGCAGAGUACAGGAAGGUGGUCUCGCGUGCUCUCCACACCCCGGGCUGCAGGGUGGUGCCCUUCUCUGGGGUCAUUCUGAAAGAGCUAGGGGAGGCCCUGGAUGGAGCAGCUAGCCUGAUCAACCUCAGACCACGCCUCAGCUCACAGGACUCUGUGGAGUUUGUCUCUGACUACAACGGACAGGACAACUUCCUGCAACGGGCGGGGCCAGAUGGGCUCAACCAACCAGAGAAGGAAGCAACCAUCAACAACAUCCUGCAGACCAUCCGUAGCUGCAACCGCAGUAUGGAGUCUGAGGAUUGGGAGGAGUCUGGAGGGUCUGGUGACGGGAGCAUCACUGGCUCACGUAAAAACUCCUUCAAGGAUGGCAACCACAACCAGUUCACCGUGGGCGAUCUCUCCGAGUCUGCGGGUGACCUAUCUGACCUAAUACAGGGCAAAGACCCAGACUUCCAGGGUAUGGGUGAGAGGACUCAGAAGGCCUUUUCCCAUGGUACAGAGCUCAUGCCCUGGUACGUCCUCUCCCUCCACCCCCACGUACACCACUUCCUCCAGCAGGGCGCUACUGUGAUCCACUAUGACCAGGACUCCCACCUCACCGCCCGCUGCCUGCUCCGACUCCAACCCGACAAUUGUAUACUCACCUGGGCCAAGCUCCACAGUGAGGGCCUCCCUGGUUCUAGCCCUGGCCCUGACUUCUCAAAGCUCCGGAGCCCCACUGGGUCAGGGUACUGUGGGAAGCUCAUACUGAACAGCCUGGCGGAUGGAUUCCUGGAUCUCUCCGUGGCUAAAGCUGUCUUCAUGGGCCAUCCUGGGGCUGACAUUCAGGCGGUAUGCAUGCAGAACAAGCUCUCAUUUGGACUGAGCCUGGAGGAGUGUGGGGUGACUCUGCUCUAUGGGCUCCAUACAACAGACAACAGGUUAUUACACUUUGUGGCCCCGAGAAACACAGCUAGGAUGGUGUACGCUGGGCUGCAGUCCCUGUUAGCUGUUCACAGGAGGAUGAGGAGGUUCCCUGACCAAAGGUUGCAGUGGCUCCGGAGGAAGUACGUCAACCUCUAUCAGGAGGAUGGCAGGUACGAGGGUCCAACUCUAGCCCAGGCCAUCGAGCUGUUUGGGGGCAGGAGAUGGAGUGUGGGUGUUGGUAGCAUGGAGAAGUCUGGAGCUGUGACCAAUCACAAGACGGUUAACUCCAAUAAAAAUAAAAAGAAGGUUGGGACCAGGGGGAACAGUGGGGAUGCCACAGACGAUGAGAUGGUGUCACAGAAGGUGACGAGUGGUUGGGAUAUCCUAGGGCGGAAUGCACCUGACCCGACAGACAACAUGGACCAAGACCAGGAAGACAGCAGCUCCUAUGGUUUCCCUGGGCCUCUCUCCUCCUCUACCAGUAGAUCCAUGGCCAUUAGCACAUCUUCCUCCUCCAUCUCUUCCUCAGCCUCCAAUCACAAAGCUCAAACAGGGAAUAGGUCAAGUCAGACACUAUCUAGCCGGGGUAAGGGCCAAUCAAAGAGCUUCCAGAACCUCAUGGUAUCAGAUGGCACCAUGAGCUUUACUGAGUUUGUUGAGCUCUUCAAGUCCUUCAGUAUCCGGAGUCGUAAGGACCUGAAGAAUGUGUUUGAUGCCCAUGCUGUGUCCUGUGGUCAGUCUGCCUCUGAGCCUGCUCCUCUCUACACUCACCUCCACAUCGACGACAGAGUCACAGGAAUACAGCCAGAUCUGGACCUUCUGACACGUAAUGGCCUGGACCUUGGUCUUUCCAUCCAGAUCAUGAGACACAUGUCAGACAAUCAGAAGCAUAUUUCAGACGCCAUAGCUUCUGCCAGCAUCGUGACCAAUGGUACUGGCGUGGAGAGUGCCUCGCUGGGAGCUCUGGGCAUGACCAUCAUGCACCUCAACGACUUCCUGGUCAACUGUCAGGGAGAGAACCACUCGCAUGAUGAAGUCCUAAGAAUCAUCCAGACAUUUGAACCGUCUACCACUUUGCAUCAGAUUGGCUGGAUGUCCUUUGAGGGAUUUGCCCGGUAUCUGAUGGACAAGGACAACUCUGCUUCCAAACUGGAAGAGUCUCCGCUGAAUGUUGAAGAGCUCCAUUACCCUCUGUCUUACUACUACAUCGCUACAUCACACAACACCUACCUGACCUCCCACCAACUCAAGGGAGAGUCGUCUGUGGAGCUGUACAGCCAGGUGCUCCUCCAGGGAUGUAGGAGUAUUGAACUGGACUGUUGGGAUGGAGAUGAUGGCAUGCCAAUCAUCUACCAUGGACACACCCUCACUACCCGCAUACCCUUCAAGGAUGUGGUGGAGGCAGUGAACCGCUCUGCCUUCGUGACCUCUGACCUACCUGUGAUGCUGUCCAUAGAGAAUCACUGCUCCCUGCCGCAGCAAUGCAAGAUGGCCGACAUAUUCAAGACGGUGUUUGGGGAUAAGCUGGUGACAAAGUUCCUGUUCGAAAGUGAUUUCUCGGACGACCCACAGCUGCCAUCACCAUGGCAACUGAGGGGGAAAAUCCUCCUCAAGAACAAGAAGCUAAAAGCUCACCAGACGCCGGUGGACAUCCUCAAACAGAAGGCUCACCAGUUGGCCCAGAUGCAUUCUCAGGCCAGUAGUGUGAUGCCUCCUCCCUUCCCAACCAUUGAGGAUCAGGAGGAAGAUGAGGAUGAAUACGACUAUGAGUAUGAAUCACUAUCUGAUGAUAAUAUCCUGGAGGAUAGGCCUGAGGGAAAGUCUCUUUCAGGGGAGAAGUUACAGACCAAACACAGUAACGAUGUCCCCAAGAAGAUGAAGAAAUGCGAGAGAGCUACUCACAACAAAGGAGAAGAGCUGGAGGAAGAGUUCAAGCUGCCUCGAAGCAAGAAGGAAGGACGCCAGAUAGCCCAGGGGCUCUCAGAUCUGGUGAUCUACUGCCAAGCUGUCAAAUUCCCAGGUCUGUCCACUUCCAGGGAAAGAAAAGAGAGACAGGAAAUUCUUUCUCCUAAAGGAAAGGGAAGGAGGUACAUCUUUGGGAAAGAUCCAGAGAAAGGUGUUCCAGGGGACCCAUCGACAGUGAUGCGCACCCCAGGGAGAGGAGCAGCAUCAGAGGGCCCCUGUUCCAACUGGGAAGAACCACCCACCUCCCCUCUGUACACCUGUAAUGCCUUCCUCAGCUCCCUCAUCCACACCCCAAAGUGCUACCACGUCUCCUCAGUCAAUGAGAACGCCGCCAAACGCCUGUGUCGCCGCUACGCCCAGAAGCUGAUCCAACACACCAGCACCCAGCUCCUGCGGACCUACCCAGCAGCCACACGUAUCGACUCCACCAACCCCAGUCCCCUACUCUUCUGGCUGCAUGGAAUACAGCUGGUCGCUCUCAACUACCAGACCGAUGACCUUCCCUUGCAACUGAACGCCGCCAUGUUUGAGCCUAACAGGGGUUGUGGGUACGUUCUGAAGCCCCCGGUCCUGUGGGACCACAGCUGCCCACUCUACGGACACUUCUGCCCCCUGGACAGAGACCCAAGGGGGAUGAGCCCCGUCCUGUUGUCUCUCACUAUUAUCUCUGGUCAGAACCUAUGCCCAGGGACUACAGCAGGCAGUCCAUGCAUCGAGGUAGACAUCCUGGGGAUGCAGGCUGAUGGGUGUCACUUCCGCACCAAACCCGUCCACCGUAACCCCCUGAACCCCAUAUGGAACCAGAGCUUCCACCUCCCCCUGCUCAUGGCUGACCUGGCCUUCCUACGGUUUACUGUGGUGGAACACAACAGCUCCCAGACCACCGCUCAGAGAAUCAUAUCACUCAGAGCACUCAGGACAGGAUACAGACACGUGCAGCUGAGGAAUCAGCACAACGAGGUCCUGCCAGUCUCCAGUCUGUUCAUCUACAGCCGUACAUCUGAAGACAGCGGAACAGCAGGUUCACGGCCUGCAUCAUGGCUCUUCAGCACUGAGGAGCGUAGGGCUGCUGUGCAGUACAGGGUCACCGUCCAUGGAGUCCCUGGGCCUGAGCCUUUUACAGUGGUGGGUGUGAGUGAGAGGACCACUGCCAGAGAGCUCCUACACAAUAUCCUUCCAUCCCUCUCCUCCUCUACUCUAGAAUCCCUCUCUUCUUACUUCCUGAUGGAAGAGAGGGUGGCAUUGCCCCGUGAGAGGGGGGAGGCUCAGGGUGAGGUUCGGGGUGAGAGGGGGGAGGUUCGGAGGCCUCUCCUGCAGAGGACGAUCAGGCAUGAGGAGGAGAUACUCAGGGUUGUCGAGAGCUGGAACCCUGACGAAGGCUACCUGGGCAGAAUAUGCCUCAAAACGAGAGAAAAGGUUGUGAAUGACGAGAAGCCAGUUAUAGAGGAGAUGGAGGUCAGCUGUGGACUGGAGGACGAAUCCUUUCUGGUGGAAGUACAUGGAGUGUCUCCUGACCAAUCACCAGUGACCCUCAGAGCUCCCAGACACAUCACAGGCAAUGACCUCAUCCAACAGACCCUGAGGAAAGCCAGACAGUCCAGCCUCCUGCUGUCAGCGGGCAACGCCAGUGACUACAUUCUGAUAGAGGAGGUAGUCAAGGAGCCCCUGGGGCGCAGGUUCCCUGCCAGACCCACCCAGAGGAUCCUUCUGGACCAGGAAUGUGUAUUCCAGGCCCAGGGGAGGUGGAGGGGACAGGGGAAGUUCAUCCUCAGACUCAGAGAGCAGGCUCAGGGAAAAGAGACAGCUCAGUGUGAAGACUGUGUCAGACCUGUUCGCGAGGAUCGGCGGAAAGGAAUAUCGUUGGCGAGCGAGUUGAAACGACUGACAGGCCGGAGCCGGGCCGUAUGGAUCGGGGCUCACGCCUGCUCUGAGGUGGUGCACAGCAAGGAUGAGAGGGCAGUGUGCUGUCUGCAUCUGAAUAUCCAAGAUGCGCUGACACUGGGAAGAUGUGGAAUUGGAGCCAUGCAACUCCUGGGUGUCUGAUGUGAUUUGGACCAGGCAAUAAGCCUAAUCUACGUCUACCUAGAGCUGGAAAUGGCACCUUAUCAGCAUGUGAAUUUAUUGAAGACUUGCAUUAGUUCCCCAAGCAAAUGCCUAACGAAAAUGGGGAGAAUCUCAAUUGGAUUUCCUUGCCUCCUUUUCGAGGAGGAGGCGAGGAAACCAGGAAAUAAAUGCACUUGUCAUCAGGCAAAUUACAUUUACAGAGGUGGAAUCACAUUGUCUGUUAAAAACAGUAGGAUAAAUACACAUGUAGCUAGAGUCCAUUCCAUUCUCCUUUUUUCUGUCCUUGUGGCACGCAGAAGACCCAGGUUCGAAUCCAGUCGGAGAUGAAAGACGAACACACUGACUGUAGGACAGACCAGCAGAUGGUGAUAUUGUGCUUUCCAAUGGAUACAUAAGACAUCAAUCUGGCAAGUUUGAAGUGGCUGGAGGAAAUGUGAAGAAUCUCAAUUUGAGUCGAGGAGAUGGAAACAGGAAAUAAAUGUGCUUGUCAUCAGGCAAAUUAUGUUUAUUCUAGUUGUGCUAGACAUUUUAUAGAUAAAAGGAUAAAUAAGUAGAGUAUCAUUUUUAAAUGUGUACAUGCUUUUCCCCUCUGAGAAAAUAGUUGUUUCAAAGGAGGUGUGGCUGAUUUCAAAACACUUCCGCGGUAGGAUACAGCCGAGCAUCCUUCGCCGCAGUUGGCAGUCAAGGAGCCAAACUCCUUCGUUGACCUAUUAACAAAUUGACACGCUCCUACAUAUGCCAACCGCUUACUGGAUUCCAGGUCACGGAGAGGAAUUACUUUUUCCCAAUUGAGAAUCUCCCAUGGUCAGACUCAAAUAAUCAGACAGACAAUUUCACCCAUCAUCCCUCUAAACUAAUGUCUACAUUAACUCCAAAUGUAUUUAAAAAAAAAUCUCUAUUUUACAUUACUGCUGGUGUACAAUACUGCGAUAUUACUGUCAUAGUAGUAUAUUAAACAUUCCCAGUGCUA